AUGCGACCAUGUGAUCCCAAUUCAGCUUUCUUUGGGUUUAUGGGGAUCGCCGCGUCCUCCAUCUUUUCGAAUCUCGGGGCCGCCUAUGGUACGGCGAAGAGUGGCGUAGGGGUGUGUAGUGUUGGUGUUAUGAGGCCCGACUUAAUCAUGAAAUCGAUUUUGCCUGUGGUUAUGGCUGGUGUCCUUGGAAUCUACGGAAUCAUUAUGUCCAUCCUUAUAUAUGGAAAAAUGACCCCCGCGCAAGAUUAUUCUACCUUUUCCGGAUACACCCACCUGGCGUCUGGACUCAUAGUAGGACUGAGUUCAUUGGCCGCCGGACUGGCUAUCGGAAUUGUUGGUGACGCUGGGGUAAGAGCCAAUGCGCAGCAAAACAGAUUGUUCAUCGGAAUGAUUUUAAUACUUGUCUUUUCGGAAACCCUGGCGUUAUAUGGUGAGAACAGCGGUGCGAGGCUGUCCGCAAUGGAUGGCUGA